CGCUGCAUUACCCGUCUACACCCCUAUAUGCGAUAAAGCGACUCGUCACAUUACCGAAGACAGACUCCAGUCAUUCCUCUACUCCUCUGUGGCGUGUUUGCAAGUCGACACAAUGUUCGUUUGGAGCUCACGGUAACGGGACUGGAACUGUCGCUUCAUUGCAGGUGCCUUGACGGCAUUGCUUUGCGUGCAUCAUGGAAACAAUGGCCAGUGGUGGAACGGGCAGCAAGCUCACCAGACUCAUCAUUAUCCUGGCAGGAGUAUCGUCGCUACUUGCUACUCUGAUAUCCUUGGUGUCAAUAUGGCUUCAAUCCAAGAAUUACAGGAAGCCUCUACUGCAACGAUAUGUCAUUCGAAUUCUGCUCAUGGUUCCCAUCUACUCCGCUGCCUCAUGGGCAUCAAUCGUGUCCCUGAAAGCCGCCUUCUACCUCGAUCCUCUUCGUGACAUCUACGAAGCAUUCACAAUAUACACUUUCCUCCAACUCCUCGUCAACUUUCUCGGCGGCGAACGAUCCCUCAUCAUCAUGAUGCACGGCCGAGCCCCUGUUUCUCACCCGUGGCCCAUAAGCCUGUGGUGCAGCAAGAUGGACAUUUCGGAUCCACAUACCUUUCUCCUGAUCAAAAGAGGCAUCCUGCAGUAUGCGUGGCUCAAACCCAUCCUCAGUGUUGCCACCAUCAUCCUCAAGCUCACGGGGACAUACCAAGAAGGCUACAUCUCCUUGACCUCUGGCUACUUUUGGACAGGGCUCCUCUACAACGUCAGUGUGACCUUGAGCUUGUAUUUCCUCGCUAUGUUCUGGGUCUGCAUGCAUGAGGAUCUAAAACCAUUCCGACCUAUGCCAAAGUUCUUAUGCAUCAAACUCAUCAUCUUCGCAUCGUACUGGCAAGGAUUCUUCCUCUCCAUCCUGCAAUUUCUUGGGGCAAUCCCGAAUGACGUCCCAGGCUACACCCCCGACAACCUUGCUGCUGCCAUCCAAGACGCCUUGAUCUGUUUUGAAAUGCCCAUAUUCGCCGUGGCACACUGGUAUGCCUUCUCCUGGCAUGACUACGCCGAUGUUACAAUCUCAGCAGCUCGCAUGCCCGUCAAGUACGCGCUAAGAGAUGCUUUCGGUCCCAAGGACCUGAUUCAGGAUACAAAAGAGACAUUCAGAGGAAAGGACUACGACUAUCGAACAUUUGAUUCUGGGGACAAUGUCAUCGCCCACGAGGAGUCUCACUCGCGCGUUGCAAGGAUGAUGGACGGCAUGAGGUAUGAAAGGGGAGGCAAGGGCAAGUACUGGAUUCCGAAGCCCCAAGGUCCAAGCAGUCGGACACCCCUGUUGCCAAAGGACGGGUCAUCACGGGCUCCUGCACCAGAAUCUCGAGGCAAGGCUCACGAAUACCGAGCAACGGAGCCUGAUAUGGAGAUUGGUAUUGAUGCAGAGGAUGAGAGAUUAUUUACCAAUGCUCGGGCUUUAGAGUUUGGCGAUUGGAACUACCCAGUCGUCACCGCGCACGAAGCACGACGGGAAGACUGGUUGCGGCGUGAUCCCAACUUACUGACCACCUCCACAAACCGUAACCUCUUUCAGCCGACCCGAGAUCGGAAGAGCCGCCGUCAGAGUGAAAUCCAGGAGAGCAUCCGAAAAGGCAAAAAUCGCAGCACGUCACCUUCCGAAAGCUCCUCACACCAAGGUGCCAUCGAAGCGAAGUUAAAGCGGCCGAAGGAGCGGUCGCCUUCGGCUUCUGGGAAAUCCGACCGCAGCCAGCUCGUAGAUCUGGUUGUCGAGGAUUCAGAAGCCGAAGAAGUGGAGCGCGUCAGAGCUCGCAAGGAAGGCAGUGACGCUUGGAAUCGAAAACCGCAGCGGCAUUUUGUGCGCACCUACAGCAUCGACGAGGAGGCUCCUGAAGGACAGGAGAUACGAGAAGGCUGGGAUCCGGCUAGCGUGGCGCCGAGGCCGCCGGCUCCUGAGCGUGCAGUGAGUGAUGAUGAGAACAAUCUUAUCAACCCAAGGGACGAGGAAGAGCGCUGGACAGAGCGUGGAGAAGGGCAGUAUGCCAACAUGAUUGAAGAAGAUAAUGUGUGGAGCCGGAGUUGAUAUGUGUAACACCAUUUUACAAGGCAGGGAGACGCGGUAUUGGAGCUCAUUGUGCAACCUCCCGGCGCCAGAAGCUCUUUCAGACGGUUGGUAUGGGUUACUUCUUGUUCUGGUAUAUGUUGGGCAAUGAGAGCGUUCAAGCGGGCAUAUCUGAAGCCGUGAUUCAGGAGUGGUCAACUCUGGCCUCUGGCCUCCUCAAGGGUUGAGGUCUUCAUUACGCCACCCAUCUGGUAUUUGACUUCGGUAUACAUUGGGAGCAAGCGCAAAUAAAGCCUGUUGAAUUGGUCAGUUUCUUGUUCAGGACUUGGUAGACCGAGGGGCAACGGAACUCUCGUCCAAUAGUCUUCUCCAUGUACAAGUAUACUGCGGUAUGGUAGUCACGCAUGAUACGCCUC